AUGGCAGAUGGAGACUAUGAUCUAUGGGAUACACUGAAUCUUCAACGCGGAGCUUCGGUUGACGAGGUUCGUGUGGCCUUCCGGGAGCUUUCUCGUCUCUACCAUCCGGACAAGCAUGUUCUUGCUGGUGAAGGUGAGAAUGCAGCCUUCGUCAGAGUGCAUCGAGCAUAUCGGAUACUUAGUGACGAGGCGCUGCGUGGCUUCUAUGAGAAGUACGGCCUGUCCGGCGUGAGACUCGCAGAAAGUCUGUCGGACGAUGACGGCGUCGAUCAUGGAGAAGGUGCCAUCAGUGUGCCUGACGACCGGCUGAAGGACCUUGAGUCACGAGUGCAGCGGCUCGUGCGAAAGCACGAGGAGCUCCGAGCACAGAGACUGCUGAGUCUCAACGGUUCCUUCGUGCUAUCGACCGCUGCAACUGCCAAGCCGGGCGCGCCUUUGAAACGUCGCUUUCGCUUGCAGUACAGCGCGCUCUCGCACUCGGUGCAGAUUCACUUGGCAGAGCGCUUUCGCCUGUCGGUGGGCUGCGCCUCGCAUGUUCAGUCAAGCAGCGGCGCCGGAGCAGCAAAGCUUUUGCUGGCUGCAAAUGUCACGGUCGCGCCGGGCACCAAUCUGCGAGCUUCUUGCAACGUGACAGGCUCGACACCCGAUGCCGAGCUGUCGAUUGUUCGAUCUUUGUCUCCACAUUGCAUAGUCCGGCAACAGCUGGGCUAUUCGAGAGACGGACGCUACCUUGCUCUGAACGUCAGCCCGUGGUUGACUCGCACGCUGCGGGGAGGGUUGACUGGAACUUUGUCGUCUGAUCCCAGCUUGGGCUUCAACCUAGUGAAGACCAGCCUCUCGUGUGGUCACAGUGCCAAGAUGUUUGUUGAUCUGCAGCCUGGAGCUGGCGAAGUCGGCUGCACCUUCAAGUACAAGCCUGUGAAAGGUUUUUCCAUGAAGGUUUCGCCCACACUUUCCCGACAGGGUGCAGCAGUGCAGUUGAUCUGCACGAAGGCAAGCGCCGACGCGCUGACGAAGCUUCACUGGUCCCUGCAGGUUCGAGCCCAUGGCCUGGCUCUGCGACUGACGCUCUGCAGGUGCGGCCUGCGUUUUGUGUUUCCGCUGGAGCUGUGGUCUGAGGCGUCUGGUCCAGUCCCAGCUGCUGAGCUUGGCUUGGCGAUGUUGCUUUGGGCUGCCCCGCCCUUCGUGCUGCGGCUACUGCAUACCAGUGUUGCGCUGAUCUCCGCGCAGUUUUCCAAAGCUUUUGCCGCGCCGCAGAAGGACGAGCCACCUGCGAGCUCAGAGGAAGAUGCUCACAAGGCGGAAGCAUUCCGACAACGAGCUUUCUUGACUGGUGAGGCUGCGCGUCGGCGGAAGGAGGAGGAGGAUGUGAACGGUCUGGUCAUAUUGUCUGCGCAUUACGGCUCGAAGGCUGCGAUGCAGAAUGGCUUGAAGCAUGGCUUGUCGGAGGCCAAAGGCGUGAUUGACGUCACGAACUGCCUCAUGGCCAAAGUGCGACAUUCACAGCUGCAAAUCAGCAGCGCUCCGAAGUCGACGCUCCUGGGCUUUGGCCGGCCGGAGGAGGACGGAGCAGACCCUGUCCUGCACAUCAGCUACAGGUUCGGAGGCGCGGACUUCGGUCGCAGCUUCGGGGAGCACGAUGUCGAAGAGAUGGGGGAGCAGUUCCGUUGGAAUCCAUCUGAAGACCGGAUGGGGCAGAUGCUCCUACAGGCCGUCUACAUGGAGGAUCAGGUGACCCUGGAGCACCUGAUCAAGCAGAAGGCAAAUUUGGAAUCCAGAGAUGAGACGGGAGCCACGGCGUUGCACAUAGCAACCACACGAAACAUGGCCAGCACUGUCUCCUGGCUUCUCCGCCACAGGGCUGACUGCUUUGCGAAAGAUGGCGACGGCUACCACGCCUUGACAUGGGCCUGCAUCAAGGGCCAUCUGCAGAUCGUCAAGAUCCUGCUCGAGGCUCGGGCCAGCAUCGAAGAAGCUGCCAGCUCCAGUGGCAAGACGCCGUUGUCACUGGCUGCCGAGCGUGGACACAUGGAAGUGGUGGAAGAGUUACUGGCAAAGCAGGCUCGGCUCGACCAGACUAACACAGACGGAAGCACCCCACUCCAUGCCGCAGCUCAUCAGUGUGAAGUGGAAGUCGUUGCGCGCCUUCUCUCCCGGAAGUCACUUGUGAACGUUGCAGACAACGAGGGUUGGACCCCGCUGAUGUAUGCAGUGAACUCCCCUGCUGCCGCAUCAGACAGUGUGAGGCCAGAGCUCAGCGAGCGAAAGGUUCACAUUGAAGGGGCGAUUGGAAGAAAGUCCACGUUGGAGCUGCUGCUCUUGCAUAAGGCGGAUGCAAAUGCACAGUCGGUGGACGGCUUUAGCCCCUUGAUAAUCGUCUGCGCCUAUGAUCGGCCGCAUGCCGUGAAACAGCUGCUGGACGCCAAAGCCCAGGUCAACAUGGCUACGAUGAAGGGUCAGUCGGCGAUGCUGAUGGCCGCAGUGAAUGAUUUGCCAGUGGUGGCAAAAGCUUUGAUUGCGGGAAGUGCAGACGUCAACCAGGCCAACGGCAAGGGUGAAAGCCCUCUAUCUGUUUCCGAGAAGAACGGCUUCAGAGAGGUUGCUGACCUCUUGAAGAGUGCUGGCGCUUUGCCCCCAAAGGGCGGCAAAAAGAAGGGCCGAAAGUAG